ACGCGCCGUAUUCAAACUUGUUUUCAAUACGGAAGCACGGCCAGACCGUUUAGAAGAAGGGUUUCCUCAAAAACGCUGUGAUGCUGUAAACAUUUUAAAACAUAACUAUUGACAACUACACUCUUGCAAUGGCUGCCAGAGGUGCAAAGGAUGCUAUUGUUAACAAGUUGGGCUUUAAAUCAAAUGGCUCCAAGAUGGAAUUGGAGCUUGAUAAACUCCGCAGAGAAAAUGCACAUCUUAAGAAGAACUUGGAUGAAAUGUCCAGACGGCAUGGACAUGGAAAGCACUCCGAUUCGGACAAAACGAAACUACUCGAGAGGAUCGUAUCUCUGGAGACCUUGAGGGAGAGGAACUCCCAACAGCUCCUGUCGAAGGACCAGGAGAUCGCAACGCUCCGACAACAGCUGCGCUCGGCGCAGGGCGAGGUGGUCGCGUCGUUGCACUCCCAGCUGGAUGAGAAGAAGAAAGAGGCCGAGCAGAGAGAGAAACUCUUCCAGUCGCUGACUGUAGAGACGGAGAACCUGAAGAACAGGUUGGCCUCAGUGACGGAAAGAUGCCAGGCCCUGGAGAAGCGUGACCCCGCUGCACAGGUCCAGACUGGUGAUGUGGCAGUGAUCCAGGACCAGCUGAGAGAUGCCCUUGAGAAGAACCAGCACUGGCUGGUGUACGACCAGCAGCGGGAGGCCUACGUCCAGGGGCUGCUGGCCCGGACCCAGGAGCUGGAGCAGCAGCUCAGCCGACCCAACCAGACUUUCCCGCAGCAGGGCAAAGAGGGCCCUUCAGAGGCGAACAAGACCACCACGGCUGCCCAGCAGGAGCAGCUGCUGAAACAGCUGCAGGAGGCGCAGAGGGAGGCCGGUACACUGAGGGAGAAGGCGAUGCAGGCUGAGCGGGAGCUGGCGGAGCUGAGGCAGCGGUCAGGCCGGGUGGAGGGGGAGGCGCAGGCGGAGCGGCAGAGGAGCGGGCAGGCCAGCCGGGAGGCCCAGGAGCAGCGGGAGAGGGCGGCCAAGGCGGAGCGAGAGGCCGAGGGCUUGCGGGAGAAGGUAGUGCGGGCCCAGGAGGAGGCGCGCGGCCUGAGGGGGAGGUACGAGGAGAAGCGAAGAGAGCUGGAGAACGCCGACACGCUCCUGGAGGAGGAGCGGAAGAGGGCGUCCGAUCUACUCUUACAGGUGUGUGUGUGUGUGUGUGUGUGUUUUUGUAAACACCAGUCUCGCUUCUCGGAGCCCUCCUCCUACACCCGGCUGGAGCGUCUCACAGUGGACGACCCCACCUCCCCCUCCAAGGUGCUGGACGAGAGCUUCCUGGAGUGUCCCAAAUGUCACACCACCUACCCUACCAGCCAGCAUCGUGAGCUGCUCACCCACAUCGACUACUGCUGUGCCUGAAGCAAUCUGAAGUGUUUUUGUUUUUGUUUUGUUAUUUAAUUUCUUCUGAAUGUUUACCAUAUAAAAGUAUUUUCUAGAAAUUUUUAUGACCAAAUAUCUUGAGUAUUUUUUUAUUUUCUUGAUUGAUCUGUGGUGGGUAUCAGUAAUCCACAUGUGUUUGCUUUACUACUGUGUGUAUAUGUUUGGUAUUGGGCAUUUUAAGUUGUACUGUAUUUUCAUUGAACAAGCCUCCAGAAUUGAAUGUGUUCCCAUAAACCUAUUAUGACUUAUGACAUUAUGACAUACACAAUCAUUGAUAUGAGAUUCAGUCCCAAAUCUGUCUGCUAUGCUUUAAGUUAUGUGUGACUUUAUAUAACUUCUUUGUCUUUGUUUUACAUAUUUCAACAUCUAGCAAUAUAUGGGUAGAAUGGUAAUGUUAUUUGCACUUGGGACUCUUGUUUAUGACUUCACCGUUUUUGCUUCCUUGUAUAUCUUACUGUGUGCAGAACUUCAAUUAAAAGAAAGACAG